UCCCUUUUCCUAUUUAAAGAUUUGAACGGUUCUUCUCAAUGUGGAAAGUGGAAACUGGAAACUGGAAACAAGUUGUUUAUGAUUGCACUCUGCUGUUACAGAGAAUACAAACUUCAUCUGAAGGGAACGCACUCCUAAUUAGCUAACCGAUUCAGCAUGAUGAACAAUAUUGUUCCUGAAUUUCUAGGAAGCUAUAAUAAUUAUGCAAACUGGAGCGCUUGCAUGAAGAGCUAUUUACUGGCUAAUGAUCUCUGGGACAUUGUUGAAUCCACUGCCGAGCCUCCCAUUCCGGAAGAGAACGAAGCUGAAUUUAGGUGCUGGAGAAAGAGGAAUGCCGCGGCUUUACAUGCAAUGCAAAUUUCAUGCUUCUCGGAAAUACUUUCCCAGAUUAAAGACAUUAGUUCAGCUAAACUUUGUUGGGAUGCUUUGGCCAAAAUGAAUGAGUUGAAGGUACCAGGAGACCAAGUCCAGCCACAAGAACCUCAAGUCCCAGCAAUUAAAGUGGAAACACACCCACAACCACAGGCAGUCAAUCAAGGGGUAGAGGGUCUUGCACAGGUUCAAUUGCGACCCUUACUCGAGGCUAUAGAGAAAGGUGAUUUGGAUGCUGUGAAAAACUUCAUUCAUCUUUACCCAGAUUCAGUACACAAAAAGAUUGCAGAUUUCGGUAGAACGGCUCUUCACGUGGCCACUUUGACUGGAAACACAAACAUUGUGGAGGCACUGGUGGAGUUUAUGUCAAAAGACGACCUGAAAAUAGUUGAUAAUAAUAAAGAGACAGCGCUCGUUUUUGCUGCUGUACUUGGAUCCACGAGAAUCGCAGAAAUAAUGGUGAAAAAGAACGAUGAGUUGAUUAGUCUGACAAUUCCAGCAAAGGAUCUACUCCCAGUGACUGUGGCAUGUAGCCAUGGCCACAAAGAAACAGCUCGAUAUUUAUACUCUCUCACUCCAUUUGAAUUGCUGCUUCCAAAAAAUGGAGCUUACGGGUCUUUGCUUCUACAUGUAACAAUUUCAAGACAAAUGUUUGAUAUAUCACUGGAUCUGCUGGAACGUUGCCCAAGUCUAGCCACUACAGUAAAUCAUCUCGGAAUCAACCCCUUGCACGAAUUUUCAGGACUGAUUGAUCUUUUCCCCAGUGGCAGCCGUUUUGUCUUUUGGAAAAAGUGGAUAUAUUCCCGCAUUCAUGUGCAACUACCUGCUGCUGCCCUUAGUGAUGUUCGAAUAUCCAUUCCGCAGAAUAAACAUAAGCAACAGGGAAAAAACAUUAUAGUACAAGGGAUAGAUAAGCUGCGAAGCCUCUUCACAAAUCCCCUAAAUCUUUUUGGACUCAAGCAGAUAUAUGACAGGAAGGUGGCCCAUGCCUAUGCUCUCAAAAUUUUACGUCAUAUGUCUGUCCAUGUAUCGACUAUAGAUGACAAUGAACUUGGAGUAAAAGGAGUGUAUCAGGCAUUCUUCACCGCUAUUAGACGAGGAGUGAUUGAAGUUGUUGUUGAAAUGAUCAAAGCUAAUUCUACUCUGCUCACCGUUGUAGACAGAAACUUAAGAGGCAUACUCAUGCUUGCAGUUGCACAUCGGCAAGAAAAAGUUUUUAGCCUUGUUUAUGUACUUGAUACGUACAAGUACAUGUUGAUUUCUGGAAUCGAUAAGGAUAAAAACAACUUGUUGCAUAUCGCAGCCAAUUUAGCACCUUCUCGUCGACUUGAUCGUAUUUCAGGUGCAGCUUUGCAGAUGCAAAGAGAGCUACAAUGGUACAAGGAAGUUGAAAGCAUUGUGAGUCCUUUAUCUAAGGAAUAUCUCAACAUUCUUGAGCAGAGGCCUACGGAGAUAUUUUCGCAAAGCCAUAUUCAGUUGGUGGCAGAUGGGGAGAAAUGGAUGAAAGAGACGGCAACAUCUUGCUCAGUCGUGGGUGCGCUAAUCAUCACUAUUAUGUUUACUGCAGCAUUUACAGUUCCUGGUGGUAACAAUCAAGAAUCCGGGUUCCCAGUAUUCUUACAUGAGAAGUCAUUUAUUAUUUUUAUUAUAUCUGAUGCAAUAUCUCUCUUUGCGUCCUCAACAUCAGUGUUGAUGUUUUUAGGAGUUCUUACCUCGCGCUAUGCAGAGGAGGAUUUUCUCAAGUCCUUACCCACAAAACUAAUUAUCGGUCUAUCCACUCUUUUCGUUUCAAUUGCAGCCAUGAUGGUAGCCUUUUGUGCUACACUGAUAAUAAUGCUACGAGGACAGUUAAAUCUUAUCAUGCCACUUAUUCUCUUGGCUAGUAUUCCAGUCACCUUUUUUGUGCUGCAACAAUUUCCCCUCCUUGUUGAGAUAUUUGUAUCUACAUAUGGACCUGGAAUCUUUAACAGGAAGUUGAAGUAUUGAUAGUAAACAAUACUUCAUAGAGUGAUAUCCUUAUCAAAUCUGCAUCGAUCGUCACAGAGAGGAGCAUCGUCUUGAAUGUCUUCUGAUAUAUGUACGCUGGUGUUGAGUGCUAUUUGUCAUCCUUAUGCUUUGAGUUGUUUUAUUUUAUUUUAUUUUUUUUUUGAAUGAAACUAAAUAUUCAAUGUUGUUUAUAUGCCAUCUAAUUACGAGAAUGGAUAUGUUUAUAUAGAGAGAGCUGAAAAGGAGAGGCAGAGAUAUAAUUAUGCAUUUAAUUAUUUACAAUAUCCCUAAUCUCCGCCAUGAAAUGAAGAGCUUACGGACAAAGAGUAACCCUGCAGUUAGUGCCUGUAGGACAAGUAAACAUGCUGGAUGGAUCAUCUUGAGGGGAGCUAUAAGCAUCAGGCCACCUGUCGAAGGACCUGGAGAAAUAAGUAGGACGACAGCAUCCAGGUUCAUCAGUGCAACAAUACUCGUCGAUUUUGUUAAACGGUUGUUACAGCCUCUGGAAAACUGCAACUCAAGCAAGGCACUGCCAUAUAAUUAUUACGUGCGGAGGAGAGAGACUGAAUGCUAAAUUCGUCAGGUUAAUUAUUUAAGUUGAUAGAAAAAUGAGGAUGAGUUAUUUUAGAUUAUGUGGCAAAUAGAUUUUAAUAAUUUAAUUCACAUCAUCCACUAAAUUACUUUUAAUUUUGACCAAGAUGGUAUUACCAUUUACAUCAAAAGUGCUCUCAAAUUGCUAAAUUAGAUUAUUAAAAAAAAAAGGUCA